GGGGUCAAGUGCUGGAUAUAAAUAAACAGAGAAGGGAGUGAGAAUAAUAAUUAUCCCCAAAAAAAAUAAAACCCCUUUCCUUCCCCCCCCCCCCAAAAAAAAAAAUGUCCCGAAAGCUGAGGCCCAACGAAGUGUGCGCCGACUGCAGCGCCUCAGAUCCUGGUUGGGCAUCGAUUAACCGUGGAGUACUAGUUUGUGAUGAAUGUUGCAGUGUUCACCGUAGCCUUGGUCGACACAUUUCAAUGGUGAAACACCUCCGGCACAGCUCAUGGUCUCCAACUCUCUUACAUAUGGUGCAGACCUUAGCAAGUAAUGGAGCCAACUCAAUCUGGGAACACUCACUGCUUGAUCCAGCCCAAGUGCAAAGUGGACGGCGCAAACCAAACCCUCAGGAUAAAGUACACCCUACCAAGGCAGAAUUCAUACGAGCCAAGUAUCAGAUGUUGGCAUUUGUCCACAAACUGCCUUGUCGUGAUGACGAUGGUGUUACCACAAAGGACCUGAGUAAGCAACUGCACUCCAGUGUCCGCACAGGGAAUCUGGAGACAUGUCUCAGGCUACUGUCCCUGGGGGCACAGGCCAAUUUCUUUCACCCGGAAAAAGGUACCACUCCCUUGCACGUAGCUGCUAAAGCGGGACAAAUACACCAGGCUGAACUUCUGGUUGUCUAUGGUGCAGAUCCUGGAGCACCUGAUGUUAAUGGCAGAACUCCCAUAGAUUAUGCCAGGCAAGCAAAUCACCAUGAUCUCGCUGACAGGCUGGUGGAGUGUCAAUAUGAACUUACAGAUAGAUUGGCAUUUUACCUUUGUGGACGGAGGCCAGAUCACAAAAAUGGGCAUUAUGUCAUUCCCCAGAUGGCUGACAGUAGUUUGGACUUGUCAGAACUGGCUAAGGCUGCCAAAAAGAAACUUCAAGCACUGAAUAACCGCCUUUUUGAAGAACUUGCAAUGGACGUUUAUGAUGAAGUUGAUCGACGUGAGAAUGAUGCAGUGUGGCUGGCCACCCAGAAUCAUAGCACAUUAGUGACUGAGCGCAGUGCUGUGCCCUUUCUUCCAGUCAAUCCAGAAUAUUCUGCAACUAGGAACCAGGGACGACAAAAACUUGCCAGGUUUAAUGCCCGGGAGUUUGCAACCCUGAUUAUUGACAUUCUUAGUGAUGCAAAGAGAAGGCAGCAUGGAAAGACACUAGGUAGUCCAAUUGAAAAUAUUGACUAUCUUCUGCGGAACCAAAAUGAUCGUCCUGACAGUGACUUUGGUGAUGAUCAGCAUGAUUACGAUAGUGUAGCUUCUGAUGAGGACACAGACGCUGAGUUGCACCGAAACGCAUCAUCAGCCAGAAACAACCGGGCAAAGAGCAUGGAUUCAUCCGACUUAUCAGAUGGCCCCAUAACACUGCAGGAGUAUUUGGAGGUGAAAAAAGCUUUGGCUGCAUCUGAGGCCAAGGUUCAGCAGCUAAUGAAAGUAAAUAACAAUCUAAGUGAGGAACUGCGCAGACUUCAAAUGCAGAUUAAUAAAUUGCAGACAGAGAAUGCACAAAUGAAACAACAAACUCCUAGUCUGCAUCCGUCACCAACUACCAGUGACCGCCAGGACCUUGCCCCCCAUGCAAGUGCAAGUAGGCGUGAUCGGCAAGCCGUGUCCAUGUAUGAAACCAGAUCUGGACAGAAAUCCUUUGGACAAACUACUGAUGACAUUGCCACAAGACCUCAGCCUUUGGAUUGCAAUAUUCGCAGGGGUGUCUCCGUGACCUCUGUACCUUUUCCCUUCUCUCCGCUGCACUCCUGUUCACAGGACUGCGGCAGAUCCGUGGUUAAGUACCAUCUCAGUUGGGCUCAAGUCUCCAAACUGGACAAACGUGGCAGUGGAACAGACAGUGAUUAUGACAAUACCCAGACCAAUGAGCUGCCACUGGGUAUUGCUGAUGGGAAGAUGGGAAGGGAUGAUGACUUCCACCUAGAGUAUGAUGAGCAUGAGGGCGAGCUAGAUCCAAGCCUUCCUAGUACAGAGGAUGUAAUCCUUAAAACAGAACAGGUCACCAAAAACAUCCAGGAGCUUCUGCGAGCUGCACAGGAGUGUAAGCAUGAAAGUUUUGUGCCGUGUUCUGAAAAGAUUCACUCGGCAGUCACUGAAAUGGCUUCUCUCUUUCCGAAGAAGCCUGCCCUGGACACAGUUCGGUGCUCUUUGAGAUUGCUAAACGCGAGUGCCUUCCGACUGCAAUGUGAGUGCAGGAAAACAAUUCCACCGGAGCCGGGUGCACCUGUUGACAUACAGUUGCUCACACAGCAAGUCAUCCAAUGUGCCUAUGACAUUGCCAAGGCAGCCAAGCAACUGGUUACCAUAACAACCCGUGAGAAAAAACAAUGAUAAAGCACUUCAUUCACAUUCCUUUUUUGGAGUACGUUUGGGAGAUUAAAACAUGCAUCUUUCUUCAAAAGCAAACUGAAAUCCCUGUACAUAUUCUGAUUGAAGUACUGUGGAUUUUUUUUUUCUCUGCAAUAGAUUGUAUUAGCUUUCACAAUAGAUGAAAGCUCCUGGAAAGUUUAAACUUCCAGUUUUGUGGUAGAACUCACCAGUAAUAGUUAAUCAGAAUUGCUACCACUAUAUAAUGACACGGCCAAAACACAAAGUUGCAAUGUGGUGAUAGCCAAUGAUCUUCGACUUUUGACGUUUCAGCAAGAUGUGAAUAUUUACUUUCUCGACCAUCGGGUUAUGUUACACUGGAAUUCUUGACUCUUCUACAAAUAAGUUGUUUUGCGAACGUACCAAGUACUACAUUAUUGGUGAACACUAUGAUGUAAAAUUUCAGUGCAACAAAGGCUUCAUGCAUCCAGUAACUGUUAUAUGAAAAAGAACUGCAAGUAAAGCCACACCUUGAAGAUUGUUGAUAGUUCCUGUAUGAGACCACUUAAGUUUAAUAUGGACUAUCAAUGAGUUACUCACUGAUCCAUUAUGCCAUCAUCUGAGGCUGAAGAACAGUAGAUGUUCUAAAAACCAUUAGAGAAAAUACAAGUAGUGGGGUGCCUUUUUUGUAUAGAAUACUGUGAACCUGUGACUGUAACUGGCAACCAUCAGUACCAUUGCAUCUAUGUGCAUUGUGUGCCUUAUAACAGUUGAAUCUUGUUAAACAGUUGUAUCUCAUAAUGAUGUAGUCUUCACGCUUUGCUUUAGUAGUGGCACUGUUUUUCACAUUGACCAGUCCAAGUAUCAUGAAUCUGUGUCAAAGUGAGUUCAUUGAUAGUUUACUAAAGUACAGUAAUUACUGUGCAAUUGCUCAAAAUGCUAUUUGACCAUGUAUUGGAUGUUCUUCAUAGUUUGAAUGCUGUCCUCUAACACCCAAUGUACAUCAAUAUUUUCUUGGGCCAUAUUACAGGAACUGAUGGGUGCAGCAAUAGUCCCUUUAACACAUGAUUCAUAUUACUUUGGGCACAGAAUGUUGGAGGCAUUUUCAGUUUCCAACAUUCUUAUUGUUUCAGCCUGCUGAAGAUAAUUGUCAUUAGAGUGAGUAGAGAAGACUGGCCUUUACUACACAAGACUUGAGCCUGAUUUAUAUGACACUUGUUCUCACUCUUGGGAUAAGAAUAAUAUCCGUUGUUUCAUUUUAUUUAUGAAAAUUAAAUGGCCAUAUAUUUGCUUCCAAAAAACAUUUUACAAAGAAAAAAACAUCUCCAGCAUUUGUCUUGAAUUGACUUGACAUUUAAUACUGUACAGUAAAAGAAAUACCAUAUAGUAACUGUAAAUGUUUUAAUUGCUGAUUAGUUUGGGCAAUGUGGCCUGGUGAAUUGAUUUAACUUAAUGAUUUCAGCACCCUUAUAUUAACUACCCGCUUGCCAUGUAUUUGUGAGCCACAGACAUGAGGCUUUAUGGUCAUGGAAAAAUUAUCAAUAAGAAAAUUCUAAGUGCAAAGUAGUUAAAGUUGCAGUCUUUAUUUUGUGAGCUGAACAAAAAUCAUAUUACGAAAAGAAAACGGUGAAAAUUGCUCUAUGCAGUUACAGGGAGAUGGAAAUCACAUUGGGAUGCUAGUAUUGCAAUGUUUUCAAAUGCUGGAAAACUGAUUUGAUUAAAAGGGAAUGAUAAUUAGGGAAGGAUUUUGCAGCCCAUAGAUUGGAAGAAACUUGGAUAAACGAGAAUCUUCUGAAGUAUGAGGUAUGCACACUUGCACAGCUUUUUUUUAUUUUUUCCAGCCUUAAUUGAAGUCCUGGGUAUACAGUAUUGGGGUGCUGUUUUGUAUAGAAAAAAAAGUAAAUGUGCAUAGUUUAAUAAUGUUAAACAAAAGGACUUUUUAUCACUAAUCUUGCAAGUUAAUGAUGUAGCUGGUGUAACCAAAACCAUUACGUUGGCACUGGCAGACUCAGUUGCUGAAUUCAGCUUGUGCUAAAUGUAAGAGACAAAGUUGUUUGUCGAAUGAACAUGGAAGCUUUGUGAAUCUUUUUACUUGUUCUUCAUUUGAUAAAGUACUCAUCAAAGUACCGAAAGAUAUACUGACAUUUUAAAAUGUGUUGAUUGUUUUUUCGAACAUUCGGUGAAACACAAAUGAACACUAUGAUAGUUCAAUGAGAAAAAUAUAAAAUUCUGAAAAAGCUGUUGCAGGGUACAAUGCAGGCAAGGCAUGCUGUGCAGUCAGACGGAAUUGAACUUCAUUCCUGGAUACUGUCUCAAAUGCCUUGUAAACUUGACACGAUACUUUAGUAUUUACUGUGGCCUAGGGCAUUUAUAAAAGGAUGGCUCAGAAUGGGUAGGGAGGUAUUAAAUGACAUAAUAAAUGGCAAGAUUCAAUCUGGUGUAAUAGCCUUUUGUUACUAUGUGAAAACUGCCGCUGGGAAAUUUGCAGAAAGCAAGGGAAAGGAUCAAGUGUCAUAGCCUUGUGAUUGCUUCUCAUUGCCCAAUUCAGACUCUUAGUUUGCAAUGCUAAUAUUCUAUGGAUAGCUAACACAUUGUACAACAUUGCCUUCGCUCCAUUCAGUUUUUAUUUGAUUCUGUAAGUAUCAAGUCUUGUUUACAACAGAAGUUAUGAAAUGGAGAAUUUUGAAAUGAAAGUUUCAUAUAAUCCAUAGGUUUUCUCCUAGAACAUUACUACUUAGAAUGCCUUAACCCACUUUACGGCUUUUUUAAAUACACAAAAUGACUAUCAAGUUAUCAAAUGGGCAGUUAACAGUGGUGAAAGAAACUAAUUUCAUUUGUAAUUUCCAUGCACCAUUUAGCGCAUCCAUUGUUGAAAAAAUUACACCUUCCUCAGUCAUAGGUGCAUUUCAGAACUGAGGGUCAGAAAUCUUCACUGUCACAACCUUAAAGAUAGGAUUAAAUAAGAUGCAUCCUGGACAGCAUGGAUUUAUUUGUUCCUUGUUCUAUGUUGAACAGGGACACUAAGCAGUAAGUUGUCAGUAUUGCAUGCUUGAUGCAGGGGAGAAAGUUUGACAACCAGAUAGUCAUGCUGAUGCAGUACAGAGGAGUCAGACUGGGACAGAAGCUGCAGGUGCAUUUGCUGUCUCUUUUUUUAAAAAAAAGUCUGUUAACUGACAAAGUCAAAGUAGUUUGGAAGAUUGGUUAAAUAUAUUUUCUGUUCAGUGAUGUAAUGCACUCAUUUCCUUUGGCUUCUCUGGUGUUGGUGCACUCUGCCUGCAGGGAUUUGUGAAAUUGGUCUCUUGUACACACAAAUAACUGUGCAACCUUCGGGUAAGAUUAGAAUCGCAUGUAAUAUAGCAACCCCUUAUCUCACUGAAGAAAGUUGUGAUUUUAUAUACUCACUGACAUGACUUUACAAGGAUUUGAGGCAGCUCUGAAUGCUGGGAAGUCACAGGAACGUACAACUGUCACCAAGAAAAUCUAUAUAUGGUAAAAUGGGGGUUGGGGGGGGUGCUAAAAGCAGUAAUGUGAUUUGUAGGUUCAGGUAGUAGCUGAUAACUUACAUAGAAGGUUUCCUCUCCACAUUAGCUGAGCUCCUUCACUGCAUAAUCGCCUUGGAAUUCCCUCCUACCAUUCCACAAUUGACAUUUGUUUUUGGAUGGGGAACUGGGUGGAUGGAACAGAGGCAGUGGAUUAAAUUUUAUAUCUGUGUUCUGGGAAUGAAGAAUGUAUCAAAUAAGUUGUACACACUAAAAUAAAACUUUUUUUAAAAAAGGAAUCUUAUCAUGGAAAAAUUAACAUUAUUUUUUAACGCAGUAAUAGCGGAUUUGCCAUAAAAGGUAUUCAAAUGAGGCUAGUAAUUGUUAAUUCAGAAUACAUCUAAAGGAAGUGUGUGCUAUACUAAUGUCGACCAUCCCAUCCAAAUUACAAGUAUAAUCAGUAUUACACCUUGGCAUUGGUUUAAAAAGAACUUGUAUACCAACACAUCGAAUUUUCCUAUAAUCUCCUAAAAGUUACACUCAAGCGACAUAGUAGGAACAUGCUAGAAGAGAUUAGUUCCUACUUGUAACAUUGCAGCACAUGAUUCUAAGGCACUAGAACUCUACCUACAGCAAUUUAAAAUAUUAAUUUUACACUCACCAAAACAAGUUGUAUAUAUUAGAAAAUAAAUCAAUACCUUGGAGUGAGUUCAGUUACAAUCUAAUCCUCUGGGUUCAGAUGCUGUUUAUAAACUGUAUUUCACACAGUUUUAGAAUGUCUUCUGAUGUGACCCCUUUGGGGUCCAGCUUUGUAACUCACUCUUAUUUUGUAUAUUCCAUGACUAAGCCCCAAUGUGUGGUUAAAAAAAUGUUUUUUAAAUCCAAAUGUCUGAUAUCUCAAACAAUUGGUAUUGAGCAUGCACUUUUGAACAAUUGAGUGCUAAAAGUUAUAUUUAACACGACCGUCACUGACCUGCUUAUUGUUUAUGUUGUGCAAUGAAUGCUAACUGUAACUAAUUCCAUUUAGAAAUGCACUCUAUUGUAGCUGGUAGUGGAAAUGUGGUGGUGGGCUUCCUUGUAAACUCAUCUAUUGUACAUUUGUAUUGAAAUAAAUACAUUCAGUUGUGCACAAUGCUUGUUGUAAACUGACUUCUUAAUUUAAUGGGUUAAACAUUAUUCAAACAAAAGUGGAUUUUAUUAGAAUGUGGAGAAAUACUAAACAAUGUAUACUAAUUAUAUACAUCUUAGAUUCAUCUAAUUAUGUUGAGAAAAAAUAUUGAAGGCUGGUGUUAAGAACAUAAAAUUUCUGAUCAAUUUUCUAUUGGAAUGAUGAAAUGUCUUGAAUAAAAGUUUCUGGAUUGUAAAGAGGUA